GGUCAGGCGAAACAGAUCAUCGCCAGCGCAACCGGCGUCGCGCGAAUUUUAGACGAGGAUACAACAAAACCUGCAUGCCUACUAUAAGACAGAUAGUUGACUGUCUCGUUGCUACUCAUCCAAUCCGAGCCUGUGGUUCCCGCCGGCUUCUUCUUUCUGCUAUAAAAUCUAAUCGAGCUACUAAUGAUUUUAAUCAGGACACUAGUAUGGUCACUAGCAACAACAACAACGAGAGUGUUGAAAGUUAUCAAAAUACGCGGAAUCCAUAUCACGAUCAUCCUUACAUCUAAUUCCGCUAUUAAACUAUUUUUAUAGGACUAACUAUUUUUAUGUGUCAUCAGUUUUCUUAAAUAAAACAGAGAUUUAAUGCUUAUUGAAGUAUUAUUCCUAACAAGGGGAAUCCCAGAAGUAUUCAUCGAAUUUUUUUAUGCCAAUUUUUUUUAGUGAAUCUUGAGGCCAAAAAAUAUACGUGUCGCGAUGUUUAUCAACAUGUAGCUUUGUUUUCGAGUUAUA